CACUAAACCCUAUUCUCUGAACCCAAUGCUCAGUGGCCUAAACCCAUUGGUCGAAUCAGUCACUUUGUAGGCAAAACCUUAAACAAGUUCAGGUAGUUAAGACACUUUUUGCAAAUCUCAUCCACUCUUUUUGCAAAACUCUAAACACAUUCUUAUUCACUAAAACACAUUUUGCACUGUGAUGCAAAAUGGUAAAUACAUGUGGCAAAAUGUAAACACAACUUCAACACAGCUGUCAUCGUUAACACACAACAACUCAAAAUUGUUCACACUUGUUUCUAAUGAUGUGAUCAAAUCAGUGGUCUAGAAUAUAAGCCAGUUCAGAAUACACAGGUGUACCAGGUACGUUGAGUGUUGAUACCACAAUGGAUGGAAACAAUGUGAGAGGCAGAGGAGGAAGAGGAGGAAGAGUUCGUGUAAGAGGUGGUGGACGAGGAGGAAGAGUACAAGGGCCACGAAGAGCAAGACCAAGAAUAGUAAUUUCAGAUCAAAUUCGGGCAACUGUGAUAGACCAUGUUCUUGUUCACGGAAUGACGAUGAGGGAAGCAGGACAAAGAGUACAACCCAAUUUGUCUAGAUUCUCUGUGGCCACCAUAAUCAGGACAUUCAGAGAAGAGAACAGAAUUGCAAGACUACCAAAUGAGGGUGGAAGGACUCCUUUGUUCUCACAACAGCAAGAGGCUCUCAUUGUUGAUAUGGUGCGUCAAAACAAUGUCAUCAGACUGCGUGAAAUACAGCAAAGACUUGUAGAAGACAAUGAAAACUUUGAAGGUAUCAACAGUGUCAGCCUUCCUACCAUCUCCCGUGUCCUCCAUCGCAACAGGGUAAGAAUGAAGCAAGUGUACAGAGUACCCUUUGAGCGCAAUUCAGAAAGGGUCAAAGAUCUCCGAUAUCAGUAUGUGCAAAGGGUGUUUGAAAUGGAUUCCAUGGAAAGGCCCCAUGAAUAUAUUUUUGUAGAUGAAGCAGGGUUCAAUCUGGCGAAGAGAAGAAGGAGAGGCUGGAACGUAAUUGGCCAACGUGCCAUUGUGGAAGUCCCUGGCCAGCGUGGUGGCAAUGUCACCCUAUGUGCAGCCAUAAGCAAUGGGGGGGUUCUCCACCAUCAUGCAACCCUGGGGCCAUAUAACACUGACCAUCUUCUUACAUUUCUGGCUGGUCUUCGGGAUGUUUUGUUUGAACGUGAGCAGCAGGAUCAUCAGCAGGCAGUGAAUCCUGUCUAUGUCGUGGUUUGGGACAAUGUCAGCUUUCACCGUAGUGUCCGAAUACGUGAGUGGUUCAACAUCAACCAGCGAUUCGUGAAUGUUUGCCUUCCACCAUACAGCCCUUUCCUUAACCCAAUAGAAGAGUUUUUCUCUGCGUGGCGAUGGAAGGUCUAUGACCGUAACCCAUAUACAAGGGUAAAUCUUUUACAGGCAAUGGAAUUGGCCUGUGAUGACAUAGGUGUGGAGUGUUGUCAAGGCUGGAUCCGGCACACAAGAGGGUUCUUCCCCCGUUGCCUAGGAAGGGACAACAUUGCAUGUGAUGUGGACGAAGUCCUCUGGCCGGACCCAGCACGAAGACGAGAUGCUGAGGCAGAAUGAAUCUGUAAUUGAAUUUGAUUUUGCAAUUGCACAAUAUUUGACAGUUUUUCUGAAUUGCUAAAACACUAAACCCCAAUCUCUGAACCAUAUUCAUAGUGGCCUAAACCCUUUUGUCAAAUCAUGCACUCUUUUUGCAAAACUCUAAACACAAACUUCUCACUAAAACACACAUUUCACACUGCAAUGAACUUGUUUUAUAAAUGCUAAACACAGGCAAGCAAAAGUUGAACACAACUACAACACCGUUAUCAUCGAGUAAACACAACAACUCAAAAUUCUACACACUUUUAUCUAAUGGUAUUUUUUUCAAUUGUGUGGAUUGGAAACAGUCUGAGAGGCAGAUGAAGAGUAUGAGGAAGAAAAUGAC